GAGGCUCCUCGUGCAGAAUAGAGCGAGGUGCAGGUGAGCUCUCCCGCACCAUGUACCUGUAAACAAAGAGAAACAACAUGGAAACAAUAGCCAGGAUACAGUUGAAUGGAAACCGGGAUCAAACACGACUUCGUAGCAGGCUGCAGAUCGGUGUGUGAUCCAACAUCCUGAUACACACAGCGUAACCAGACACACGGCACAGAGCUUACCCAUGAGAUAAGAAGGCACCAGAAGGACUGAACAGUCGUCGUCCUCCACGAUGGCGAACCAGGACGCCGGCAACCCUUCACACGCCUCGUUUGAGAACUUCGUCCUAGCCCAGACUUGUAAGGAUGUGAAGCAUCACUUCGCUGUGCUCUGCAAGCAGCUGAAUCUCAAUCCUAAGGAGUUUGGGAGUUUCUACAUCAGGUUAAAAGAAAAGCUAAACUACUGGAAGGCCAAAGCCCUGUGGAAGAGGCUGGACCAAAGAGCCGCUCACACGGAUUACCAGCAAGGACAAGUGUGCACCAAAAACAAGUGUCUGGUGCUGGGGGCGGGGCCAUGUGGGCUGCGGACGGCCAUCGAGCUGGCGCUGCUGGGGGCUCAGGUGCUGGUGCUGGAGAAGAGAGAGUCUUUCUCCAGGAACAAUGUCCUCCACCUGUGGCCCUACACCAUCUGCGACCUGCGCAGCCUCGGAGCCAAGAAGUUCUACGGAAGAUUCUGCACGGGGUCUCUGGAUCACAUCAGCAUCCGUCAGCUGCAGUUGAUCCUGCUGAAGGUGUCCCUUCUCCUCGGGGUGGAGGUGCACACAGGAGUGGAGUUUCAGGGCUUGGUUGAGCCCUCAGGAGAAAACGGUUGGAUGGCCAAGCUGCAGCCUGGUUCUCACCCUGCUUCCACCUUCGAGUUUGACGUUUUUAUUUCCGCUGGAGGAGGCAGGUUUGUCCCUGAUGGUUUCAGGCAUAAGGAGCUGAGAGGCAAGCUGGCUAUCGGCAUCACAACCAACUUCAUCAACAGACACACGGCUGAGGAGGCUCAAGUAGCAGAGAUCAGCGGCGUGGCUCGCAUUUACAACCAGAAGUUCUUCCAGGAGCUGCACACUGAGAUGGGUAUUGAUCUGGAGAAUAUCGUCUACUACAAAGACGCCACCCACUACUUCGUCAUGACUGCCAAGAAGCAAAGCUUGCUGAAGAAGGGAGUCAUUAAACAGCCUGGCCCAUUAGCAGCAGCAGCAGCAAACCCAAUGUAGCACAUGUCACUCAGGAUCAGAAAAAGGUCUCCAUCAGAUUACACCUCUUGCUCCGU